CACUCCAUGUCCAUGUCCAUGCCUACACAAUGCACGAAUUCUCGCGCAUCAAGCGCCACGGGCCCUACACCCAUCUGUCCCCAAGCUCCCAACCAUUUCUUCACUGCGCUGGAUCUGCACCACCCCUCCCCAAUAGCACAUGUCUGCUAUCCCGUCCUGCAUGCAGGCGCUUCCCGGAGCGCUCCAGUAGGACGAUGGCAUCUUUGCACCUCUUGAUCACUCAUAUAUAGGCGUAGCAGCACACAAGUUAAACAAUAUUACGUCCCGACGCCCGUAUGUGGCACGGUCAAUAGUCAUAAAGCCUGCAUGGAUCGGCCUUUUCUCCCACUCUGCUCCCUUCCAUCAUCUUCAUUGGAAGAACAUCGUCGUGCCGUGACACGCUGGACGCUGGUGGGCUGACAUACACCCCUGCUCGGGCGUAGGCUUACCUACAUUUUCGAUAUUCAGCUUAGGCCAUCUGGUCCCUCUUGCAAGGCUGAGAGAGCAUUUUGUUCUCCGAUACCCCCGCCGCACACUGCCCUAUCGGCUCUUGGCUGGAUUGCACUGAUUCUUUUUCUCUUCUCGACAGCCCGGCCGAGCAUGCUCAUAUCGCAAAGAUGAGUCCUCGAAAGCGUCAAGAGAAGGUUCCGACGCCUUACGUUCUGAAUCCGACUGGUGAAUUCGAUGGCAACGACGGCAGGUGGUCGAGCUUUUACGUGAACAUUGGGGACGGUGAAGGAACCGGACAGGGCCAAAACUUCAAGGUUCUAAUCUCAACUUCAUCUCCACUUACUCUCGUCCCCAACAAGGCCAGCUGGUGUAACCAAGAAUGCGCUGCUAAGCGGGGUGUGCAAAUCUUCGACGGCUCCCAGUCUGAAGGCUUCGAUUGGCAAAAGUCUCAGAGCUGGCAAGACGCUGGUAUCUAUGAAGUCCCUCUUCCUCACUGGUGGGCACAGUCCCCUCUGAACGCGACAUAUGGCUCCGAAGCCGUGGGCCUCGGGGAGAGUUCAAAAGACAGCCUUGUCAUGGCCACGCAAUAUGUGGCACGAUAUGACUUCCAAGACUUCUUCAUGGGGUCUUUGGGACUAUCGCAAACAGAUGUCAAGACUGGUUCUGGAUCUCAACCACCACUCCUGGUCAACUUGGCCGAUUUCUACCAGAUACCGAGCAUUUCAUAUGCAUAUGGUGCCGGAGCUUCAUAUCGCAAUAGCCAUAAAGGAAUACCUGGAAAUCUUGUUCUCGGCGGCUAUGACCAAUCAAGAUUCAAUCCCAGCAAGGCUCUUGGCCUCACUAUGCCGUCGGAGAAGAACAAUACUCUUAUCGUUGGCGUGUCAUCAAUGCUAUACAAGCCUGAUGCCAACGUCGAGUCCAACACCUUCUCCUUGACCUCGGAAUCAAAAGGUUUCCAGGCCACAAUCGAUUCCACACUUCCUUACCUGGUACUCCCCGAUAAGGUCUGCGAUUCGCUCGUGGAGAGGUUCGGGUUGGAAUUCGAUAACAAGACUGAAUUGUAUACGGUCAGCUCCGAGUCCCAACAGAAGAAUGAGCAGCAGAAUGCCACAAUCUCAUUUAAAAUUACCAAAGAUGCACAGGACAGCAAUACCUUCACGACCAUCGACUUACGAUACGAUGCGUUUAACCUCGAGGCUAGCUAUCCAUUGACAAAUAACUCCGACUCCACUCGAUACUUUCCCAUCAAGAAGUCCACCAACGGCAUGUUCGUCCUUGGUCGGGCAUUCCUUCAAGAGUCGUACUUGAUCGUAGACUAUGAGCGAACCAACUUUACAAUCGCACCGGCUGUCUAUUCAGACCCCAUGCCCGAGCAGCAAUUGAUGCCAAUCUGGAACAAGACGUACACACCGACGACUCUCACUCCGACUCCCAUACCACAGGAAUCUAGCGAAGGCCUCUCACCAGGAGCCAUCGCCGGCAUCGUCGUAGGGAUCGUAGUAGCUUUCCUUCUCGCAGCUCUGGGCUACUUUUUGUGGUGGAGGAAACGUCGUGCCGCGCAGGCCGCGCCACCAUAUACAGAAAAAUCACCAGAGAUGAAUACCGAGACCGCUGGCUCAGAAGUUAAAUCGCAUCGUAUUUCCGAACUCGAUUCAGAACCACCAAACUCUCCAAAACCUUCUUUGGGUGGUUAUUACGAUCGCGAGAUCAAAGACAUAUCGCCCUUCCCUCCCAUUAGCGAGAUGGAGAGUCCGCCCGCGGAGUUAUACAGUCCUCCACUUGUGGCAAGCACACCGCGAAGCGAGGCAGAAGGAAGCGAUUACUUCAUCUCAGGUACGAAGAUCAGAAGACACGGCAGAGAUUCUUCCGGAAACAUUACGCCUGCCUCCGGUUCUGGUGUUGCGGAACUCCCGGGUGACGAUGGAAAGUACCAAGUCGGUGGCCUGCACUUUGAUCCCAUCGCCAGCCCUAAACUUAGCCCCGCCCAAAGCAAUACCAAGAUUGACGAAGUCGUAGCGCGGAACGAGGCUUCGCCCGAGCGCAAGGCAAACCUAGCAGACGUCAAAGAAGAAUACGAAGGAAAGGAUGGCGCGCCACUCGAGCGCCGCCCAUCAGCGCACCAGAGAGGUCUUAGCGACACGACAGUCCAGAGCGACGACACGGCCGUGUCUGCUAUGACGCCCGACGAAAUGGAACGAUGGGCACUGGGCAACGACAACUCGCCAACUCGACCCUUGUCGGAAUAG